AUGCCGGGCCGGCGGCGGUCGGGAGCCGCUGCCGGUUUCCCCAUCAUGGCGGCGGCGCUGGCCGCUCGGUUGUGGCUCUGGGCCGCACUCCUGGUCCUAGCGGCGGCAGUGUACGAGGACCAAGUGGGCAAAUUUGACUGGAGGCAGCAGUAUGUUGGGAAGCUCAAAUUUGCCUCUUUGGAAUGUGCUCCUGGAUCAAAGAAGAUAGUGGUGGCUACAGAAGAGAAUGUGAUUGCAGCAUUGAACUCUCGAACGGGAGCUAUAUUGUGGCGCCAUGUGGACAAGGGUACUCCAGAGGGAGCUAUUGAUGCCAUGCUUCUUCAUGGCCAAGAUGCACUUACUAUAUCCAAUGGGGGCCGGAUUCUGCGCUCCUGGGAGACCAACAUUGGGGGUUUGAACUGGGAGAUGUCCUUGGAGUCUGGCAGUUUUCAGAUGGCCAGCCUGGUGGGCUUGCAGGAUGUGGUAAAAUAUGUGGCCGUGCUGAAGAAGACCACACUCACUCUUCAUUACCUUUCUAAUGGACACCAAAAAUGGGUGGAACAGCUUCCAAAGAGUGAGAGUGUUCAUUAUCAGAUGGUGUAUUCAUAUGGCACUGGAGUAAUGUGGGUCCUGGGAGUUGUUCCCAACAGUCAUGUGAAUAUUGUGAAAUUUCACGUGGAAGAUGGUGAGAUGGUUCAGCAGGUCAGAGUUUCUGCGCCAUGGCUUAAGAGCUUAAGUGGGAUUUGUGCUGUGGUGGGCAAAGCUGUGUUGGUGUGCCCUGACCCAGGCACACGGUCCCUUUUCACUUUGGCCCUGGAGACAGAGGAAGAGAUGAAAAGAACCCCACUGCAGGCCCUUGAGCUAGAAUUUGGCCAAGGUUUCCAGCCCUGGAUCCUACCCACCCAGCCCAACCCUUCAGGUGCCUCCAGGUCACAGUUCUUUUUGCAGCUGGCCCCCAGCCAUUUUGCUCUGCUGCAGCACCGCCCAGAAGGCCUAAGUAUGCUCCGAAACUUCCCCCAGACUGCUCUAGUGAGCUUUGGUACCAGUGGGGAGAAGACUGUUGCUGCUGUGAUGACCUGCCGUACUGAAACGCAGAAAGGUGGGAGUGUUGAAGAAGCACCAGCAAAGACCCCUUCUGACAAGUCUAAUUCACAGGAAGCACUAGUCUGCACUAACCAAACUUAUACCAUUAACCUGUACUUGGCGGAGACUGGAAGGCGACUGCUGGACACCUCAAUCACCUUCAGCCUGGAGCAGAAUGGGACCCGGCCUGAGCAGUUGUAUAUCCAAGCCUUCCUGAAGAAGGAUGACUCAGUGGGCUACCGUGCUCUGGUGCAAACAGAUGACCACUUACUCCUCUUUCUUCAGCAGUUGGCUGGAAAAAUGCUGCUCUGGAGCCGAGAGGAAUCACUGGCAGAAGUAGUGAGCUUGGAGAUGGUAGACCUGCCCCUGACUGGGGCCCAGGCGGAGCUGGAAGGAGAGUUUGGCAAGAAGGCAGAUGGCCUUCUGGGGAUGUUCUUGAAGCGCCUUUCCUCCCAGCUCAUCCUGCUGCAGGCCUGGACUGCCCAUCUCUGGAAAAUGUUUUAUGAUGCUCGGAAGCCUCGGAGUCAGAUCAGGAAUGAGAUCAAUAUUGACAACCUAGCUAGGGAUGAGUUCAACCUCCAGAAGAUGGUGGUGAUGGUGACAGCGUCAGGCAAGCUCUUUGGCAUUGAGAGCAGUUCUGGCACCAUCCUGUGGAAGCAGUACUUGCCGAAUAUCCAGCCGGACUCCUCCUUUAAGCUGAUGGUGCAGAGAACCACUGCUCACUUUCCCCACCCCCCACAGUGCACUCUGCUCGUCAAGGACAAGAAAACAGGAAGGAGUUCUCUGUAUGUCUUCAACCCCAUUUUUGGAAAGUGGAGCCAGGUGGCUCCGCCUGUGCUGAAGCGGCCCAUCUUGCAAGCCUUGCUGCUGCCUAUCAUGGACCAGGACUAUGCCAAAGCAAUGCUGCUGAUUGAUGACGAGUACAAGGUCACAGCUUUCCCAGCCAGUCGGAACGUCCUGCGUCAAUUACAAGAAAUAGCACCUUCCAUCUUCUUCUAUCUUGUAGAUUCCGAACAGGGCCGGUUGGCUGGAUUCAGGCUGCGCAAGGAUUUGACAACAGAACUGAGCUGGGAGCUAACUAUUCCACCAGAGGUACAGAGAAUAGUGACGGUGAAAGGGAAACGGACCAGUGAGCAUGUGCACUCCCAGGGCCGAGUGAUGGGUGAUCGAAGUGUGCUCUACAAGAGCUUGAACCCCAAUCUGCUGGCUGUGGUGACAGAGAGCACAGACCUGCACCAUGAACGCACCUUUAUUGGCAUCUACCUCAUUGAUGGUGUCACAGGGCGUAUCAUUCAUUCCUCAGUACAGAAGAAAGCCAAAGGACCUGUCCAUCUUGUGCAUUCAGAGAACUGGGUGGUGUACCAAUAUUGGAACACGAAGGCCCGCCGCAAUGAGUUCACAGUGCUGGAGCUGUAUGAAGGGACAGAGCAGUAUAAUGCCACAGCCUUUAGCUCCCUGGACCGUCCGCAGCUCCCCCAGGUUCUUCAGCAGUCAUAUAUCUUCCCUUCAUCCAUCAGUGCCAUGGAGGCCACCAUCACAGAACGUGGCAUCACAAGCCGCCAUUUACUCAUUGGUCUACCCUCAGGAGCAAUUCUGUCCCUCCCAAAGGCUUUGCUAGAUCCUCGACGUCCUGAGAUCCCAACAGAGCAAAGCAGAGAGGAGAAUUUGAUUCCAUAUUCUCCAGAUGUACAGAUCCAUGCAGAGAGGUUCAUUAAUUACAAUCAGACUAUCUCCCGAAUGAGAGGCAUCUACACUGCUCCUUCUGGCCUGGAGAGUACCUGUCUGGUUGUGGCAUAUGGGCUAGAUAUUUACCAAACCCGUGUCUACCCAUCCAAACAGUUUGAUGUCUUGAAAGAUGAUUAUGACUACGUGUUGAUCAGCAGUGUCCUCUUUGGCUUGGUCUUUGCUACCAUGAUCACAAAGAGACUGGCCCAGGUGAAGCUUCUGAAUCGUGCUUGGCGGUAAAGGAAGAUGCAUUAUGUCCUCAGAGAGAACAUUGAGGAGGGGUGCCAUGGGCCAGGCCAGAAGCCACCUUUGUGAUUUGACGGAUUGGCUAGGAAGCAUAUUGGGAAAUGCCUAGCAAGCUUAUCUCAGCCAGGGGUCUAUCCAAAGAGGGCAUGGAUUUCUAUGACAAACUCUUAGGAGACACAACUUGGCAUCUCACACUGGACUUAAAACUUAUUGUACUGAAAAUCUGGAAAAAUAUUGUGGAUUUCCCCCUUACCCCACCUCUGACAAGCCCUAAACAGUGGUAUUUCCCUCACCACCAUUGUUUCCAAACUUUUUACUUUGUUUUGUUUUUUCUUCCAGAUUUUACUCGUGGAACUGGGGUGGGUGGGUGGUAAAUGGGUUUGGGGGAAAGAAUGCUCUAAGGAUUAACUUCCAUUUUCUUAGAGUUAGCCUGGCUAGCAUAGUGGAUAGAGUACUGGACUUGCCAAAUCACAUCCACUCUUUGACACUUGCUAGCUUUGUGACCAUGGGCAAGUCACUUAAUGUUUCUGAGCCUCAAUUUCCUAUCUGUAAAAUGGGGAUGAUAAUACCUCUAAUACCUACCUCACAGGGUUGUUGUGAGGCUUAAAUGAGAUAAUAUAUGGAAAGUUCUUUACAAACUUUAGAGUGCUACAUAAAAAUCAAUUUUUAAUUAUUACCAGCUUGAUGCUUCCCCCUCAAGCUCUCUUGAUUUUCUUCAUCUUAAAAGUUCAACUCACAUAUUCUACAUUCAAUUUUAAUGCAAAAUAUUAGCACUGUAAGUACAUGGGGAUGGUAGCUUGUAAAGGUUGUCUCAAUGGGACCAUCCUUGUCUUUUGUCUUCCCUCCUGGAGUCCAAACUGGGGAACCACUCAUAGUAUAAAUGAUUACUUAGCAAAGAUUCCAAAUUUUCUCUUAUUUAUUGUAGCCAAUACAGUCUUUCUUUUGAAAUGUCAGACACAAGUAGAUACCAGCUCUUCUGAGCUACUGUAUAUCCUAAGUGACACUUUUUGAAGACUUCUGAACUGUCUGUUAGCUGUGAUUUCAGAGAAGAAAGGAUUCUACUCCUUUUAAAGCUAUCAACAGAUUUCUUCAUCUCACCCAAUGGAUGCUUUAGUCAACUGGAUGACAGGCACUUUGAUCUGGUGUCCCAGGAUUUGGGCUUUUGAAUUUGGCUCUGCUGCUUAUUGUUGUUAGCCAUUUAACUUUUGGCAAGUUAUGUUCCCUUCUCUGGGACAUGGUAUCUAAACAAAGAGAGAUCCUUUCAACCCUAAAUCUUGUUAUCAUAGGUGAGGAAUGAUGCAUGUGUAGAGAAUCCAUUAUUUAUUUUUAGUCCUGGUUAAUGAGCACUUGGGAUAGCAGAUAGUUGAUUGAAUUUCUCAUUCCCCUUUUCCAGAGGUACUGCUCCCAUCAGUACGGCUUCUGAAAAAAAGGGGGAGCUGUCACAUUAUGGAAACUGACUGACUUCCUGGACUCCUGUGUCCUCAGGAAGUUGACAUUUCAGUCUAGGGAAAGGGUCCCAAUAAUUGUGCCCUACUACUACUGAGUUUGGGCUGAUUUGUCUUUAGGCCAAAUUUGCUAAUUUUAGCCUUGUGGUGAAAGUGCUGGUACCCUGGACAGGUCUUUGAAUAAAAGUGAUUGCUUGCCUA